AUGUCUCAAUCGACCUCAACGACAGCGAAAACAACGAUCCCUGUUCCUCCAUUAGCUCCGCUCGACAAAGCAGGCGCAUCUAUGCGCAUGUUACUAUAUGAUACUCAACUUAACCUUGAAAAGUUCUCAGCUCGUGUGGAUAAACUCACUGGUGGUGUCGAAGAUGCUAGGAAAGAGCUGGUUACCGUACAGAGAAUGUUCGAAGGUGAUCGAGACAAAAUCAUGGGAGAGAUGCUCGACAUCUGUAAGUCUUGUUAG